AUGCACGAGCUAGCAAGACAGCAUAUGGUGGAAUGGAUCAGGAAAGGCUCGCCACACUUCGCAAAGGGUCAGAAGGUCUGGCUCGACACAAAGAACCUAAACAUCGGGUACCCGACAUGGAAGAUGGCUCUGAAAUGUGAAGGCCCCUUUGUUAUCGAAGAAUGCAUAGGCCCCGUGGACUACCACCUGACCCUACCACGAGGAUGGAGAAUCCACUCCGUAUUCCACGCCACCUCCACGCCCUAG